AUGGCGGGCGCAGAAUACAAGAUCUUUGGCAGGCCAGUGAAGCCGCACGUGCUUUCUCUCCUCACUUUGGGUGCCGUGGUAGGCAUUGCCUUGUGGCCAGGGCAGAAAAAGGCCAAGAAGGAGGUUGUGGACCAGACGACCAAAGGCCCCAAACCCGGUGACAAGGAUGAAGAGUUCGACUUCCAAAAGAUCAUCAACGACUUCACCAAAGACGAAAAAUAG